AUGGACGACGAAGAGCUCAAGGCCAUUCGUGCGGCUCGCAUGGCCGAACUGAGGGGAGCUGGCGGCAGCGGCGGCGGUGGUGGCGCUGGAGCCGAAGGAUCCGGAAUGGGCAUGGGCUCGUUUGGAGGUCCCUCGACGGGCGGAAACGGCGGAAGGCCAGAAGGUCAAAACCAGGAGGAGCAGCAGGCGCAGCAGGAAGAGAUGAAACGCCAGAUGCUCAGCCGCAUCCUCGACAACGACGCCAGAGAACGACUGUCUCGUAUCGGACUCGUCAAGCCGCAAAAGCACCGGCAGAUCACCGACCUCCUCAUCCGCAUGGCCCAGUCCGGCCAGGUCCGUCAGCGCAUCACCGAAGACCAGCUCAUCGGUCUCCUCGACCAGGUCGACCAGGCCGGUGGAGAGUCGGCCGGCGGAAAGAUUACGUUUACGAGAAAAAAGACGGCGCAGGACGACGAGGAUAGCGACUUUGAUCUUUGA